CGUCAUAAUAUGCAAGAUGGCUGUCGGUAUUGGAAAUGGAGUAGUGUAGAAGCUGGGCGGUAGUAAUACCUGUAGGUGUGUCAGUUCCGCGGUUUUCCGCGGUUUUUACCGUGAUAACGUGACUGGAGGACUCAAUUUUUUCUUUAUAUCAUUUAGAUUUCACAUAUUCUAUUAUCCUACGUUAUUUUUUAUCAUUUCUAACGCAGUCUAUGGCUUAUUUGUAGCAACCCCUUUACAACAGUAAAUUCAUUGUGCAACUUUUAAAAUUUCUAUCAAUGUGUCUACUUUAUUAGAUGCAUCGUAUACUUUUCUACAUCGAAUAAUUGUGUUGAUUGAAAGAUUUAUAAUUUUUUGUGAGUUUCUCAAUCAUAGUGUUGAGAAGAAACGAAAGAUAGUGAAUUUAAGGGUGCGAUUGUUGUAAGAAUAUUACAAAAAUUAACUCCUUCAUUUUUUUAAGUAAAAAAAAAUCUUAGAAAUUGAUAAACAAAUUUAUUUAUUGUAAAGUGACUUAAACUCUAACAUGGACGAGUGGUUGCAAGACUCGAUAAACUCUGAUGAAAAAAAAUCAUCAAUUAUCACUGUGGAUUCAAUUAUCAAGGAGACACGAAAAGUCAUGAUACUUCAAGAGCCGUCAAGAAAAGAAUGAGAUUAUAUAGAUGGUGAAAUCACUUAAAAGCUGAGCUGAAAAAAUUAUGAAUGAAAUUUAGAUAAUUUGCAAGGUAGUGAAAAUAAUUGAAAGGUGAUUUUUUGUGGUUAUUAGUUUUAUGUGCACAAAAGAGUGCCUGUCAACAUGUGGAAUAUGAUGUGUGAUGUGAUGCCAACCAUAUCAGAGGAUAGUAUAAGUCAGCGAAGUUCUCAAUUUUCUGGAGAAGAUGCUAAUUUCGAGCAGCUUAUGGUGUCCAUGCUCGAUGAGCGAGACAAACUCGUGGACUCUUUACGCGAGAGUCAAGAUCGGCUUCAAGUGGCUGAAACCAGACUUCAAGAAGUUGAGAAAGAAAGAGAUGCAUUAAAUCGUCAACUAAAUGCCAAUUUUCCUCAGGAGCUUUCUCAACUGACUAAAGAAUUGGCAGCUGCUCGUGAAAAUAUUUUAGAAAAAGAAGAGGAAAUUUCAGAAUUGAAAGCAGAGCGAAAUAAUACUCGACUACUACUUGAACACCUAGAAUGUCUGGUAUCACGACAUGAAAGAUCCCUGAGGAUGACGGUAGUGAAGCGACAGGCAGUUGCACAAUCCGGAGUAUCGUCCGAGGUCGAAGUGCUCAAAGCUCUAAAAAGUCUUUUUGAACAUCAUAAAGCUCUCGAUGAAAAGGUUCGAGAACGUUUGAGAGUGUCUUUAGAAAAAAAUACAAAUUUAGAAGAAGAACUUAACCGAACCAAAGAAGAGUUACAGCAGUAUAAAUUAGGCGGAUACCCAUUAAAAUCAUUAGAAGAUAGACCCAAAGAAAAUGGCCAAGUUGAAGAUCAACAAAAUAAGAGUGAGACUGAUCAGGAGACUUGCCAGGAGCUGCAAGAGCCAAAUAAACUUGUUUCUGAAGAGAUAACCGAGGACUCAGGGAGUAGACUGACCAAUGGUGGUUACAAUUCCGCUGACCAGGAUUCUUCCCGCGUUAAAGACUUGCAGGCUACUGUUGAAAAACAGUCCUCCGAAUUAGCUACGUGGCAACGUAGAGUUAGUGAACUUGGUGGACGAGUUGCGGAAUUAGAAGAGACUCUUUCGAAGACACAAAAAGAUCUCUUAAAGAGUCAAGAAACGAAUGUAAAAUUGCAAAGAGAUUUAAGAGAAAAUGUAGCUCAGAAAGAAGAUCAAGAAGAGAGGAUAGCCACACUUGAAAAAAGAUAUCUGAAUGCUCAACGUGAAUCUACAAGUCUUCACGAUUUGAAUGAAAAACUCGAGCAAGAAUUACAACAUAAAGAGGCUCAACUUAAGCUUCAAGAAGAAAAAAUAGCCGCAAUCCAAGAGAAAUUAGAACUUGCAGAACAAAAAUUAGCACAAUAUUCUAAACUUCCAGAAAUGGAGGAGCAACUAAAGCAGAGGAUGGAGGCUCUGACGCAGGUGAGGAGGCCCAACCAGGCACAAGAACGACACGGGAGUGCAGAAGACAGAAUUUCAAGACUGGAAACUCAACUAGAUGAGAAAAAUGCAGAAUUAAUGCGUCUUAAUCAACGACUUAAGAUGAAUGAAGAACAUAACACUCGUCUGAGUGGUACUGUCGAUAAACUUCUAUCUGAAUCUAAUGAGAGACUGCAAGUUCAUCUAAAAGAAAGAAUGCAUGCGUUAGAAGAGAAGAAUGCUUUAACUCAAGAGCUUGAGAAAACGCGAAAAAUUGCGGAGGAUUUGCAGAAUGAAAAAAGCGAAAUUAUGAAAGAGCUGGGCAAGGCGCGUUUAGAAAUUGAUAGUGUCAAGAGACAAAUGUUGCAACAAGAGAUUGCUUUCAAUAUUCAACAGACUGAUGCAUUAACAAGAAGUCUUUCUCCAAAUGCUAUUGAACCGGCAUCUUCAUCAAGAAGUGCCAGUCACAGUAGUUUUGACACUCAUUCAUUGCCUAGAAGAGCAGGCAAAAGAGUUAUCGAUGAUGACUCAGCGAAGAGUUAUGUUGCUCGUACAUUAGCAGAACAAGAGUGGGAAAAACUCCAACAAGCUCAUGUACUUGCAAACGUUCAACAAGCUUUUGAUGUAUCGAGUGAUGCUGAAGCUGACGGUGAUAACGAAAGUAUCUUCAGUUCUGCUGCGGAUGUUAUCAGUCCAGCUGGACAUACAGAUGCUCAAACACUUGCAAUGAUGCUGCAAGAACAGCUGGAUGCUAUUAAUAUUGAAAUACGGCUUAUUCAAAAAGAAAAAGAAAAUACUGAAGCUCGUGCUGAGGAAUUGGAGUCACGAGUAGGCAGUUUAGAGCAUGUGAAUUUAUUGACGAGAGGUCGUAGCCUUGAACGAGCGUCACCACCGUUAAGUGGUCGAUCAACACCCAAAUCUCAUCACAGCCCUAACAGAGAUUAUCUUCAUAAAUAUCAUACCGCCCCAGCCUCAAUGUCACCUGCGCAUCUUCAUCAAUAUGCAUCUUCAUUGGCUAGUCCAGGACAACUGUCUGAAUCUUUACCGGCCAGCCAGUUGCAGUUGUCGGGUGAGGAAUUACAUUCAGUUAGCGAACGAGAUGGUAGUGGUGGCGGAAGCAGUGCACUGAGUAUGAAUGAGGCUGUUUCUCCAUUAACUGCAAGGUCUUUAAAAUUAGAGCGAGUCGUCCAGGCUUUAGCUCAUAGUCAGGAAGAAUUACGGAGGCGCACAGUACAUUCAGGGUUUCCAUCUGCAGCUUACUCUGUUCAAAGGCAUGGGCAUCAUAACAACGGCACACUGAAUUGUGGGACUCCACCUUCACCAUUAUCUUCACGCCACAGUAGCCAGGACAGUUUGCACAAAAACAACAUGAGCGGUAUGGGAUUACCAAUUGGUCAAUUAUCAAGCUCACAUUUGCCAAUGCAAUCCACUAUGAGUCCAGCUACUGCUGCUGCUGUUGCUGCUGCUCAAAAGAAAAAGGGAAUAAAAAGCAGUUUAGGAAGAUUCUUCAGUAAAAAAGAAAAGAUCAAGACAAAAGAUAGUUCGAUGUCAGGCGAUUUAUCAGGAUUUGGAGGAGCAAGUACUCCAGCAGAUCCUGAUUAUGGAGACAAUGUCUCUGUGAUAGGAACAAUGGGAAAGACUGAAUUCGAUCGUAGGAAAAAGAAGAGUAUGCUUGAUUCAUCGAGACAUGAACUAUUGGCUGAAGCAAUGAAAGCUGGAACACCUUUUGCACUUUGGAAUGGACCAACGAUCGUAGCGUGGCUAGAGCUUUGGGUAGGAAUGCCGGCUUGGUAUGUGGCUGCUUGUCGAGCAAAUGUUAAGAGUGGUGCUAUUAUGAGUGCUCUUAGUGAUACUGAAAUCCAGCGUGAAAUUGGAAUUAGCAAUCCUUUACAUCGAUUGAAGUUACGCCUAGCUAUUCAAGAAAUGGUUUCUUUAACAAGUCCAUCUGCGCCAAAAACAUCUCGUACGACUUUAGCAUUUGGUGAUAUGAAUCAUGAGUGGAUUGGAAAUGUUUGGUUACCAAGUCUUGGAUUGCCUCAAUACCGAUCAACCUUCAUGGAGUGCCUUGUUGAUGCACGAAUGCUUGAUCAUCUGACGAAAAAAGACUUACGUGGACAGCUAAGAAUGGUUGAUAGCUUCCACAGAACAAGUCUUCAAUAUGGAAUUUCAUGUUUGAAACGAUUAAAUUAUGAUAGACAACAACUUGAAGAAAGAAGAAGAAUGGCAGAGAGUGCAAAUGUAGAUGUUAUAGUUUGGAGUAAUGAUCGUGUCAUAAGAUGGGUACAAUCAAUUGGUCUCAAGGAAUAUGGGAACAAUCUUUUAGAAUCUGGGGUUCAUGGUGCGCUGAUUGCUCUGGAUGAUAGUUUUGAUGCAAAUUCUUUUGCAUUAGCUCUUCAAAUACCAACACAAAACACUCAGGCAAGACAAUUACUGGAAAUGGAAUUUUCCAAUUUAUUAACUGUUGGGACGGAGAGACAUCCAGAAGAAUCGAAUAAUAUAAAAUCUUGAUCAAAUUUGCCCAAUAAAACUUUACCAUUUCGUCAACCCCAUCAUGUCUAGUCUGAUACCCCAGAUAAUAAACAAAAAAUAAAGAAUAAAAGACAAAAAAAUAUACUAUUUGUGCGCAACAAUGUUGUAACAGUUAAGAGCUUUAAGUAUCACAUGUAAGGAUUUUUCGAUUAAUCAUUUCACCGUUUUAUAUCAAUUUAUUUAAAGCCUCGUUAAGGCUUUAAACUAAAUAAACAUCUCCAUUAUUGAAUAAUGUAUAAGUAAAUAAUUAAUUAACUAAAUAAAAAAUUAGGUAGCUUUGAAAAAAACUCGGUGAAAUGAAAAUUCGAAUUAAAAAUAUGAAAACGCCGCCGAAUAGAUACUGAAAUGUACACAAGUCAUUCCUUGAAGACAGAAGUAAUAGAUUAUUGUAUAGAUUUUUGAGAGAUAAAGAUUGAUAAAUGAAAAAAUAGCAGAAAUGAAUGAAAAAAAAAAAGAAAA